CCCCGCUUGGAAAUUCACCUGCAAGUACCCAACUACCGUACCGAAGUACCGCAUCGUACAUUUCUAGCUUGCUAGCUCGGGCUUGCCAUACGCGUACGUACCCAGGAUAGCGAUUUGCGUGAUUUUCACUUCACUCGACGCUCUUCACCGGCCUGAAUUUUCAGUCAUGCUGUGAUAUAUUUCGUGGAACUUUUCCGGAAUAUUACGAAGUACUUUUUUUUAGAUACCUUGAUGUGGUGCCAUACACGGAUCGAAUAAAUCCAACAAUGGGGACGUUUCUAUUCCAGUGUUUACUGGUUGUAUGUGUGCUAUGGAGUUGUGAAGCCCUGGUAUUCACAGUCCAGCCAAUGAGUAUGACGAUACCGGAAGGAACCAGUAUCAUCUUAUCCUGCGAAGUAGACCAGGCUGAGAAUGUGGCCUUCUCUUGGACCUCAACAAUGUCCCUGUCGAGGAUUCAUCUCGGAUCUUCAUGGAUACCAGUAACAGUCUCAAGAUCGGUGAUGUAUCGAGGGAGGAUGCGGGGCAGUACAGAUGUGUGGUGGAACCAAGCUCUACUGCUGAAGCCCCAAUGUCUAGUGAUCCAGCCAACGUCAAUGUCACAUGUAAGUAUACUCUUUACAAUCCCAAUCCUGUCCUUAAAUGUCUCCUUUCAUCUCCAUAAUAACAAUUAUUUGCAAUUUACAUAUGAUGCCCUUUCUAGUUUCCACUGGAUACAAUGUGUCUAAGACUUCCAUUUCUUC